AUGGUGCACAAAUGUCUCGGUGAAGGCCAGAUGAACAGCAGUGACGUUCUCAACAGCGCUGACAAACACAAGAAACACUGUGCCAUGAACAAUCACGCUUUCAGUCAUGGGGGAACGAGUGUGGCGACGAAGAUCUUUGCUCUGCUUUGUGUUCUUUUUCUUUAUGGCACUCCUCCUAUACUUCAAGCAGAGAAAUGCUCACUGUAUUACAUUUACACGGCUUUGUCCAAACCUGUCGAUCUGCCGGGCAUCUAUCAGUUCAGUGCUAUGGGUCUGCUAGAUGACAGACAGAUCGACUAUUACAAUAGUGAGGAACAGAGAAAUAUUUCCAAACAGAACUGGAUGAUAGAAUGCAGGAUGCCGGGCUUAAAGAUCUCCGGCAACACUGUGCUAGAUGACAUACAGAUUGACUAUUACAGUAGCAGAGAACAGAGGAAGAUUCCCAAACAGCUCUGGAUGAAGGAGAAACUAUAUGAGGAUUACUGGGAAGAAGGCACACAGUCAAGAAAGAGCAAAGAACAGUGGUUUAAUGUGAAUAUCGACAUUCUGAUGAAAUGCAUGCGACACCGUGAAUCAGAUCUUCAUGUUCUUCAGUGGAGACACGGUUGUGAAGUUGAGCAGCAGAGAAGUGAACUUGCGUUUUCCAAAGGCAUUAGUGAGUACGCCUAUGAUGGAGAGGACUUUAUUUCUUUUGAUAUUGCAGUGUCUCAGUGGGUCACCUUAGUUGAAGCAGCUCUACCAACCAAGAGAAAAUGGGACAGUGUGCUUAUCCUAAACCAGUACACCAAAGGCUACCUGGAGAAAGAGUGUGUGGACUGGCUCAACAAAUUCAGAGAAUAUGCAGACGAGGAGCUCAGAAAAGCUUCUCCUCCAGAUGUUCAUGUGUUUGCAAGGAAAUCCAGUGAUGAAACCAAGCUGAAACUCACCUGUAUGGCCACCGGCUUCUACGCCAAAGACAUGAUGACCAUUAGGAAAUAUUGCACAUUUCUGCCUGAAGACGAGGUUGAAUCCACAGGAAUCAGACCAAACCAUGAUGGGACCUUCCAGCUGAGGAAGAGUGUGGAGAUCCAGGAGAAUGAAAAAGCAGAAUAUGAUUGUUUUGUGUCCCACAGAAACUUCAAAUCAAUCAUCAUAAAACUGGGUAGGUAA